CCCAUCUUCCUUUCAAAUCCCCCAUUGUAGACCAGACCUAGUGUUCAAUAAUAAAUAAUACUAGUCAAUUCAUCAUAUAUAUAAUAACCAUAUAUAUAUAUAUAUAUAUGUCUCUAUUUGUAAUUAUAUAGUACAAUCUUCUCAAUAUAUAAAGUAUAAACAUACAUACAAGCCCGUCCUAUUCGUUUGAUUGUAUCGUUCCUGUUUUUCUCAUAAACCAUUCUCUUUUCUCCUCUCUUCAGAACCCUAGAAGCAAAACCCUAUCGGUGACUCUGUACCGUACUUACUUCGUGAUCUUCAAGUUUAGGGAGUUUGAUAAUUAUGGCCAGGAAGAUGCUAAUUGACGGGGAACUAAGCAAAUCCGGCGAAGAAGAGGCGCACUUUGAUUUCGAUUUGUUUGUGAUUGGUGCCGGAAGCGGCGGUGUCCGUGCGGCCAGAUUUUCUGCUCAGUCUGGAGCUAAGGUUGGGAUCUGUGAACUUCCAUUUCAUCCAAUCAGUUCAGAAGUCAUUGGAGGAAUUGGCGGAACGUGUGUCAUUCGCGGUUGUGUUCCCAAAAAGAUUUUGGUCUACGGUGCAUCUUUUAAGGCUGAGCUUGAGGAUGCCAGGAAUUUUGGGUGGGAAUUGAAUGAGAGAAUUGAUUUCAAUUGGAAAAAACUUCUGCAUAAAAAGACAGAAGAAAUAGUGAGGUUAAAUGGAAUAUACAAGCGAUUACUUUCCAAUGCUGGGGUUAAAAUGUAUGAAGGAGAGGGAAAGACAGUUGGUCCUAAUGAAGUUGAGGUGACACAACUUGAUGGCACUAAAAUAUGCUAUUCAGCAAAGCACAUAUUGAUUGCAACUGGCAGUAGGGCUCAACGUCCAGCUAUUCCAGGACAGGAGUUGGCUAUAACCUCUGAUGAGGCUUUGAGCUUGGAAGAGUUACCCAGGCGUGUUGUGAUACUUGGGGGAGGGUACAUUGCUGUAGAGUUUGCUUCAAUAUGGUGUGGGAUGGGUGCUACAGUGGAUCUAUUUUUCAGAAAGGAACUUCCAUUAAGGGGUUUUGAUGAUGAAAUGAGAGCAGUAGUUGCAAGAAAUCUUGAAGCAAGGGGAAUUAAUCUGCAUCCAAGGACAACCUUGACAGAGUUGGUUAAAACAGAAAAUGGAAUAAAAGUUGUCACAGACCAUGGUGAAGAACUGAUGGCUGAUGCUGUUCUCUUUGCGACUGGCCGGAUUCCAAACACAAAGAGGUUGAACUUGAAAGCUGUUGGUGUUGAACUGGACAAUGUGGGAGCUGUGAAGGUAGAUGAUUACUCGAGGACCAAUGUACCUAGCAUAUGGGCCAUUGGAGACGUUACAAAUCGAAUGAAUCUUACUCCUGUGGCCUUGAUGGAGGGAACAUGUUUCGCAAAAACUGUUUUUGGUGGGCAGCCUUGCAAAGCUGACUACAGCAAUAUACCUUGCGCUGUGUUCUGCAUACCGCCUCUUUCAGUAGUUGGACUCAGUGAAGAACAAGCUAUAGAGCAAGCAAAGGGUGAUAUUUCAAUUUUCACAUCGACUUUUAAUCCAAUGAAGAACUCCAUUUCUGGACGUCAAGAGAAAACCAUUAUGAAGCUUGUUGUCGAUGCUGAGACGGAUAAAGUUAUUGGAGCAUCCAUGUCCGGGCCAGAUGCACCUGAGAUAAUGCAGGGCAUUGCUAUCGCACUCAAGUGUGGAGCAACUAAAGCACAAUUCGACAGCACGGUGGGCAUACACCCUUCGGCUGCAGAAGAAUUUGUGACUAUGCGGUCAGUAUCAAGGCGUAUUGCUGCUGGGAAACCAAAGACAAAUCUUUAAAAACAAAAAUGAUCAGAAGCAUUUACAUGGAAGAGGCACUCUUGCUCAUAGGUGAUGUGUUUCAUAUUAGAGCUAUACGGACAGGGAAAUAGAAGGAAGGGUUUUCGUUAAAGAUUUUGCAGAAUAAAAGAUUCUCCUGCUCCUAGGAAUUGCAGACUGAAACACAAAAAUAUUGUUAUUUCUUAAAUUUAUUUAUGAAUAUGAUAAGAUGAGAUGCAAAAACUUUUUACUCUUUCCUAUGUGGUGCAGUGUUCCUUGAACCACGUCCCUUACCUUUUUGAAGGUUGGUGUUUGUUACCUGCAAAUUUUAAUUAUAUAGUAGAUAAAGGCAAUUUUAUUUUUUAA